AGGAAAUCUUUGCUCCCCCCGUCAAUCCAAAUGAAAUUUGAGUUCAGAAAAAAGCAUCGCCAACAAGCCAAACCUGAGAUCAAUGACCCCGGCGAUGACCAAAUGCGCCAGCCCUUCCGCCGAGCCUCCGUGUACGUGAACCUGCUGCUGAUUACCGAGGCUGUGAUCGGACUGCUGCUCCUGUUGGUGACCGCCUACUACCACGCGCUGUUCACCGGCUAUCUGUCGGAGAUCGAGUGCCGCCUGGUUAGCGGCUACCUGUUCGGGAUCUACGUGUUCGGGGCCCAGCUGGUGGUGACCUUCCUCUGCAGCGUGUCCAUGUGGCGGCGCCUCUGGCGGCGGCGUUGCACGCCCAACAUCCGCCUCCUGCUGGCCGUGUGGCUCUUCUACUCCUGCGUGAUCAUCGCCUCCGGGUUCGGGUGCGUUUGGAACCUGUACCGGGGCGUCGAGGUGCUGGAGAGCGCGGCGGAGACCUCGCUGACUCGGGGCAUAGAUAUGUACUACUCGUGUCCGGAGUGGAAGCUCCUGUGGGACGGACUGCAGUGGCGCAAGGAGUGUUGCGGCGUGCACGGCUACAAGGACUGGAUGAGUGCGGAGUGGAUGCCGCGAAUGGAGGAUAACUGCUCGUCGACGGUCCUGGCACCCUAUGCCUGCUGCAAGCGAUCCUGCGAGACCUGUUUCAACAACUUCCAGCCCGGCGAGGGUCAGUCCCUCGGAGCCAGCAGUCGGCAGCCCUUUCCCGCCCUCACAGCGGGCUCCAUCAACACGAAUGGUUGUCUGCCGGCGUUCACCAGCGCGGUGUGGAACUUCUUCUACUUUCUGCUGGCACUGUGGGUCCUGGCCCUGAAGUUCCUCAUCGUGCUCUGUUGUAUGACCAAGUUUAUACUUCACCGGCAGAAUGAAGGAGAUGGCUGCGAUUAUGUGGGACUCACAGAUGAGGAUGGACAUCCGCUAGUCGUAGUGAAAUAUCCAUGUAAUGUGCGCUGCGUGACAAUUGGUGAGGACGAUAUGGUCUCUGAUGUCGCUCCCGAUGUCAACUACUGCGAUUGCCCAGAAUUGGAAAACGAUGAAUGUGGUUACUAAGCUGUUUGUUUUGCCAUUUAAUUUAUAUUUUAUAUUAUUUUAAAAAUGUAUUUCGAAUUCCCUCUUUAUUGGUCUAUUUAAAAAAUCUUA